GGAGGAGCUGCAUGACAGCAGCCCAGGAGGAUUGUGGGUAAGAACAGGUCCGCCUGCUUUCCUCCUGACACACCUGCAGCGGGAGGAGCCGACAGGUGGACUGAGAGGGAAAAGAGAGAGGAACACACACACUCUCACACACACUCUCAGAUCACAGCAGACACCGAACAGACCCAGAGAUGUCCAGUUCUCUGAAGCUCAGCAAGGCUCAGGCCCAGGACCUGGCUGUGGUGAUUUCUCGGAUGCAGGUAAAUGCCGACCAAGUAGAGAAGAGCAUCCUGGCUGCAGAGCAUCAUCUGGGCGUGGACACAGAGCGCGAUGAGAAGAACCUGAAUCUGUACCACCAGAGGGAGAACGCUGACACCCUGUCGCAGGCCGAGGGGCUCCUGAAGGACCUCUUCAUGGACGUGGACAAAGCCAAGAGGCUGGGGCACCCGCAGGUCCACGAGAUCGAGAAGGACGUGAAAAACCUCCACGAUCGCUGGGUGAAGGACUGUUCCAUCUACAGGGAGCUGUACUCCCAGGUCAAACCUCUGGAUCCCAAACAGAAGAUCGACUGGGGGCCUCUGCUGGACGACAAAAUGAGACAGUUAAAGUCAGACGCGUACGGCCCAAAGCUGCCUGACGUGGAGAAGCAGAUGGCAGAACAUAACAUCCUGCACCAGGAGAUCGAGGCGUACAAAGACCAGCUGCAGCCCAGCAGCACCAGCUCCAAGGAGCAGUACGCCGCCUUCAAGGACAAAUAUGACAAACUUUGUGAGUUGUCUCAGCAGCGGCGCGCUCACCUGGCCUCGCUGUAUGAGUACGUGCAAAGCUGCUGGAAGGAGCUGAGCUACUUGUCGGGGCAGCAGGAGAGGAUCCUGCAGAGAGACUGGAGCGACCGCUUGGUGGACGCCCCCAGUGUCCGCAUGGAGUACGAGAAAUUCAAAACCAGCGGUCUGCUAUCUCAUGAGAAGGAGAUCAUCAAGCUGCAGGGGGAAGGAGAACGACUCGUUGAGAAGAAACAUCCUGCCAGCUCCACCAUAAAGGCUCACAGAGACGCUGUGCAGUCGGAGUGGCAGGCCUUCCUCAACCUGUGUCUGGCUCAGGAAAUACACCUGGACAACAUCGAAGACUACAAGAAGUUCCAGCUGGAGGCAGAGACGCUGUCCGAGUCUCUGGAGAGGCUCAACUCCAAUCUGGACCCGAAGGCUCUCACAGGGAAGAGCAACCCAGAGGUCCUGAUGGCUCUGGAGGGCGAUGAGCCGGCGGUCCGGAGGAACGAUCAGCGUCUCUCUGACCUCAGAGAGCUCAGCAGCGGCAUCUUUCCUCUGAAGCUCCGUCGGACCCUCCCCACCAAACCCACCUCCGCCCUGGCCCUCUGUGACUGGGCUGAUAAAGCUGACACAGUGAGGCGUGGAGAGACUCUAACCCUAAAGUCCAACUCUGAUAAUAAGAACUGGGUGCUCCAGAGCGACAGUGGGAAGACCAGGACCCUCCCAGGGACAUGCUUUAUGAUCCCCCCCCCUAACGCCGAGGCCCUGGAGAAAGUCAAAAGUCUGGAUAAAGCGCUGAGGGAUCUGAAGAGCCGUAGAUCUGUGCACAUGUCCUCCCUGAAGAACCCCACUGUGGAGGUGGUCCACCCUCAGAAAGCAGUCGCUGUUCAAAGUGCUCCUGAGGAUCCACGAGCUGCACAGCUGGCCAGUGAAAUGGACAAGAUCAACAAAGCCCUGCAGCGGAACGAGAAAGAAGUCCUGAAUCGCCUCAGAUCCCCGCUGGACAACCGCAACCCGACUCAGGACCUGAACAAACGCCUGCAAGAGCACGAGAAAUCUGCUCUGGCUGUGAGGAAGCUGGAGUCGGAGAAGAAUGCUCUCCAGAGAGAGAUGGAGCCCAUUCUGGCCAAGAAGCCUCUCGGACCCACCGCCUCCUCCCUGCCCCUCAAAAUCAGCGCCGCCAACAACAAGAUCGACGACAUCAACAACUUCAUCGAUCUCUAUAAGAAAAAGGCCACAGCCUCCAUGUUCCUGGAGAAGCAGAAGCUGAAUGUGGAAGGCAUGGUGUCUGGGUUCGAGGAGAAAUUGGCUAAAGAAGGCGCCAUUUAUGAUCAACCGAACGCCCUCCCGGGUCGCAACCAGCAGCUGCAGCUUCUGCGUCAGGAUGUCACCGCCAAGAAGGAUGAGGUGACUAAACUAGGCAGAGACUUGGACCUGACGGAGCAGUCCUGCAGCUCUUUGCAGCGGACAUUCAAUGAAUACUGUCCGGACAUCCGCCGCCAGGAGAAUGAGGUGAAACAGCUGAAGAACCGCUACACGUCUGUCAAUAAUCAGCUCCAGGAAAGAUCUGCCCUCGUAAAGCAAUCAACCAAUAAAAACCAAGAUUUCCAGAAUGCUGUUCAGGGACUGGAUUUCUUCUUGCUCAAUUUGCCCAAUAACGCCAUCAAGCCUACAGACGAUGUGAAGCAAAUAACAACCAAACAAAACUCUCAAAGGAAAGUAGUUGAGGACAUCAAGAAGAAAUCCGAUGAUCUGGACCGAGUCAAGUAUCUGUCCCGAGAUCUGCAGAGCGUCCUGAAUGAGUAUGACGCUAAGUUGAACACUUACCGUGGCACUCUGAAUGAGGACGAUGACGAUGAUGUUGACUAUGAGGAACCAGUCCCAACGUUGCGUCAAACUUCAACCAUGGCUAAGGCUGUACAGAGAAAGGAGAAAAAUCUACUGAACCUGUUCUCCGAGGUGUCUGCAGAAAACGAGCAGAUACUCAACCAGUUGGAGACAACAAAACACAUCAAGGCCAGGAAUGAACAGAAAGUCAGUCAGGUGGUGGUCAAUCAGCAGAUGCAGCUAAAAAGCGACAGGAAGGACCUGGAGGCAAGUGAUAGUCUGAAAAAGGAAUUAAGUGAGGAGGUAGCCAGACGCUUGCAUGCUGAAAGAGACCUGGAAACAUACCGUAAGAGGUUUGUGUCUCUUAAGAGUAGGAAAGGAGUGGAGAGGUUGGAGGAGAGGGAGGUGGUGCAAUACUACCAUGACCCAAAACUGGAGUUGGAACUACAGUCACUGAAAAGUCGGAUCCAGGAUGAGUCGUUGAAGAGGACAAGAACCCGUUCGGAGAUCGAAAUUAUCAACGUGACGAUCCACAAACUGGAAACACAGCUGAUCACAGUCGAACCCAGACUGUUGACCAAGGUAAUGACGGAGUAUGAGAGAGACCCCCAGCUUGACAAAGACGCCGUCAGGAUGAGAGAAGAGAUAGAGAGGAUAAGGCUGAUGCUCCAAACGAGAGAUACUGAGAAAAUUCAAGUGAAAACCGAGCUCACGGUGUUGUCUCAGCAGAAACAAAAAACCAGGUCGAAGAUCGUUAAGAAAGAAGUGGUGAGGCUUGAGAAGGAUCCACAGAUGCUGAAAUCUGUUCUCACGUUCCAGACUAAUAUCUCAGAGGAGGAUUUCAGGUCCGAGUCGCUCAACACUAGCAUCUUUAGCACAAGGAGCCAGAUCAACACAUUGGAGAGGGUCAUUCCCACCAUCCAACCUAAGAUAGUCACCAAGGUGGUAAAGCAAGUACAGCAAGAUCCAAAAUCGCUGGAAGAGUCAAAGAAGCUGCGAAUUGCCUUGGAGGAGGAGAAGGAUGAGAAUGUUAUCUUGUUGAAGGACCUGACCACCAUGCUGAUACGUUAUGGUGAGCUGGAAAAGCUCAGACCUAAAGUUGAGGUCAAGGAGAUCAUCAAUGAGAUCUACAGAGUUGAUCCUGAGACAGAAAUCGAGCUGGUGCGUCUGAAGAAAGAACUUCAGGACUCUGGCCGUAACCGCACGAACCUGGAGUACGAAAGCAAGACAUUGGUUACAACUCUGACCACCCUGCGCUCUCAGAAACCCAAGAUAGAGUACAAGGAGGUGACCCAGGAAGUGAUCAAAGAAGAGAAAAGCCCAGAGGUUACCAGGGAAUUGCAAAGGCUGAACAACCAAGCUUCCCGUCUGCUAGUCAACUAUGAGACCACCAUCGAGCUGCUGACCCGACUACGCAGAGACAGAGAUGAGCUGAAGGUGGAAAAGUCCAAAGUGGAGACCAAGCUGGUCACGAAAGAGCUCAUCAAAUAUGAGAAUGAUCCUCUCCUUGAAAAAGAGGCUGACAGACUCCGGAGGAAUGUCAGAGAAGAGAUCCAACAACGCCGCAGUGUGGAGGAGUUGCUCUUUGACAUCCAGAACCAAUACAUCCUCCUCGAAAGGCAGAAGCCCGAUGAGAAGAUAGUCAUGCAAGAAGUGGUGCGUCUUCAGAAGGACCCCAAGCAGUUAGUGGAGCAUGACAAGUUGAACAAGAACCUAGACGACGAAUCGAAAGCCCGCAGAAAGCUUGAUAUAGAGGUCAGACAGCUCAGAGCGCUGAUUCAAGACAAAGAGAGUACCCUGGCUCAGAUGGAUGAACGCCAGAAGAAGAUUAAAGUAGAGUCCGAGCUCAGGCAGAUCAAGUCUCGCAUUCUUGAAUUGGAAAACGCUCCGCCACCCGUUGAGGAAAGGAUCAUCAUCGAGGAGAUCCUGAAAGUGGAGCGGGAUCCUAAGCUGGACAGACUUACUGAUGGUAUACGUGCCGACAAGGAUACCGAGGCCAACAAUAUCAGUCGUAUUGAGAGAGAAAUCCGCAACCUGAGGUUAAAGUUGGAGAUUCUGCAAAAGGAGAAAACAAUAGAGAAGGUUGUUUACAGAGAGGUUGUUCGCGUAGAGAAAGACCCGGCGUUGGAGGCUGAAAGGGAACAUAUGAGAGACCUCGUAAUGCAGGAGAGAAAUCUGAGGCGUGACCAGGAAGAUGACACCCAGAACCUCCACAUCAGAAUUACUCACCUGCAUACGUCGCACUCCGUGACAUCUGAGGAAGAAACCGCUCUCGUCAUCACCAAAGAUACCAUGCAGAGAGAGAAGGAGGAUCUACUCAGACAGCUCAAAAUGCUAGAGGCUCAAAGAAAUACCAUCACCAUUACCUUCCAGCAACAGUCCAAGCUGAUCAGUGAGAGAAACAUGAUGUCCAAGCAGAGGAGUCUGAGGUCAUCCUCUGACCUAGGACGGCUGGAGAAAGAAAUCCUCAACGAGAAGGACAAAAUACACCAGAGAGACACACUUAUCAUCGAGUUGCAGAGCAGUGUCCAGAGAGAGGACCACUCUGAAACUCACACACGGGAGAUAAACCUCUCAACGAAGAUCACCAUCCUGGAUCCAGAGACCGGUAAAAACAUGUCUCCCUAUGAUGCCUAUGCACAGGGGCUGAUUGAUCGCCAACACUACAUCAAGCUGUCUGAGUUGGAAUGCGACUGGGAGGAAAUCACUUCAACUGGUCCAGGUGGUGACACAACAAUCCUGCAGGAUCGCAAAAGUGGAAAGCAGUACUCCAUCAAUGAGGCUCUGAAGGAUGGUCGCUUGACCCAGUACGACAUGUCCUGCUACAAGGAAGGGAAAAUGUCCAUUACUGAGUUUUCCCUCCUUGUCGCAGGGGAACCCAGCAAGCCCGUCUUUCCUCCAGUCAUCCAUUCAGCCCCACGAUCACCCAUCAGAACCUCCUCACCCUCUCCUUUGAGCUACAUGCCAAGCUCCCUGAGGUCCUCCUUCCCCAGCCUCAACACUCAAUACAACAGCUCAACUCAACUCAACAGUCACAACAGUGGCAGUCUGAGCAACCUCACUUCCACAGCAGGUGAUGAGUAUUUCCCCAUCUCCGGCAUUUUAGACACCACCACUGAAAGCCGCAUGUCCGUGAGAAGUGCCCUGACCCGCAAACUCAUUGAUGCCGACACAGCUCUGAAGCUGCUGGAGGCCCAAGCAGCCUCCGGGGGAAUCGUUGAUCUCGCCAAAAAGGACAAACUAUCCGUCCACAAUGCAGCUGAACGUGGGCUCAUUGACACGAGUGACAUGCACAAGCUUCUGAAUGCCCAAAAGGCCUUCACAGGAGUCGAAGACCCCAUGACCAAAGACCGUCUCGCAGUGGGACCCGCCGCAAGUAAAGGGUAUAUUCCUCAAGAAAAUGCCAGGAGGUAUAUGGAGGCACAGUACCUCACCGGUGGGUUUGUGGAUCCCUCGAAAGCAGGCCGCCUAUCAGUCAAAGAAGCUCUCGCCACUAAUAUUAUCGACAGCAAAACAGCUGACGAGCUACAAGAUGAGACCUCCUACAAGAAAGAGUUGGUGGACCCCAUCACGAAAGAGAAGAUCUCAUACAAGCAGGCGAUGGAUCGGUGUAAGAUAGACAACCACACAGGGCUCCUGCUGCUUCCUGCCGCUUCUACUGAUGCCACGGACGCCCCGUCUUACUCUAACUAUCGCUUCAGAUCCAACAAAUAUUAGAUGUGAAGUUCAAGAUGUUUUAUUUGUCGCAGCUACUGGUGCUAGAGGGUGUGUGAUAUUACUAACUGAUCCACGUAAAGAUAAAUAUGAAUAUGUGUGUACACUGGGAGGGAAAAACGACAUAUUUGGUGAAACUGAAUUCUCUUUUCAGUGGUUUUUUGUUUGGUCUGCAUAUACAUGAGGGUACUGUUUGUUUUAUAUGGUAAAUUGUUUUGCAGCACUCUCAAGCUGCUAAAUCCUAUGUAAGUGUUCAUUAAACUCCAAAAGCCUCACAUUCA